UCAGUGUUUGGGAACAUGCGCCCUCUGUUGGCGGCUUCUGGAGAAACCCUCCUGUGACCAGAGGAGGAAGAUGAAGCUGUUUUUACACUUUGACUUUCAGAGCUCAGGGUUUUAGAUUUCAAAGUAUUCCUACAGUCAUGGCGUUAGCGGGAUCCACCAGGGUUUAUUUCACAGCAGACACUUCGACUCUUCACAGGAGGAAGGACAGACCCAGAGCACUCAGUCUCUGCACUCCUCUUCAUUUCCCGCUCCAACAUGUUGGCAGGAGGAGAAAGAGGAGGAUGCUGCGCUCUACCCUUGGUGCGUUCUUGCCACCUCUCCGGCCAGCGCACGCUUCCUCUGACUCAGCCUCAGCUCUCAGUUGUCUCCGCCUGAAGGACUUAAGAGAGGAGGUGGAGGAAGAACCGAAGGAUACGCUGCACAUCAGGAGCUAUUAUAGCAGGGUCCCCAACAGGAACAACAACAGCAGGAGAGCGGAGCAGAGCAACUGCUCCUCAUCAGUGUUGGAAACAAGUAAUUCCUCAGCAGUGACCACCUUGUCUGGUUUCCCUCCCUCCUCCUCAGCUCCAAGAUCCAUGUGGCAAGAAGCAAUAAGGAGGAAGCGCUAUCUCCUGGACCGGGGAGGGCAGUCUGGUGAAGGGGAUAGAGGAGGAGGUCAGGAGAAGAGGAACAGGUCCCCGGACUGGCUGUAUGAGUCCUACUAUUGUAUGAGCCAGCAGCAUCCCCUGAUUGUGUUCCUGCUGCUCAUUGUGAUGGGAGCCUGCCUGGCUCUGCUCACUGUGUUCUUUGCUUCAGGACUGAGCGUUGAGGACCAUGUGGCCUUUGUAAUCACUGUACCCACAGCUCUGGCCAUCUUCCUGGCUGUGUUUGUUCUUGUCUGCAUUGAGUCCAUCUUCAAGAAACUUCUACGGAUUUUCUCUCUGGUCAUUUGGGCCUGCUUGGUUGCCAUGGGAUACCUUUUUAUGUUUUCCGGUGGGAUCAUCUGUCCGUGGGAUCAGGUGUCGUUCUUCCUGUUCAUUGUGUUCGUGGUUUACACCAUGCUGCCGUUCUCCAUGCGGGAGGCCAUCAUCGCCAGUGUCCUGACCUCCGCCUCUCACACCAUUGUGUUGAGCGUCUGCCUCUCCACUACAGCUGAUCACAUGGAACCGGUGGUGUGGCAGAUUUUGGCCAAUAUCAUAAUUUUCUUGUGUGGAAACAUGGCUGGGGCGUACCACAAGCAUCUCAUGGAGUUGGCACUCAAACAAACUUAUCAGGACACCUGCAACUGCAUCAAGUCCCCAAUAAAACUGGAGUUUGAGAAGAGACAACAGGAGCGUCUCCUGUUGUCACUGCUGCCAGCUCACAUUGCCCGUGUGAUGAAAGCUGAGAUCAUCCAGAGACUGAAGGGCCCAAACUUUGGCCAGAUGGAGAACACAAACAAUUUUCACAACCUUUAUGUGCAGAGGCACACGAAUGUCAGUAUACUGUAUGCUGAUAUCGUGGGUUUCACGCGGCUGGCCAGUGACUGUUCACCUGGAGAGCUGGUGCACAUGCUGAAUGAGUUGUUUGGCAAAUUCGAUCAAAUUGCAAAGGAGAAUGAAUGUAUGCGGAUCAAAAUCCUUGGCGACUGUUACUACUGUGUGUCCGGGCUGCCAGAGUCUUUACCAAACCACGCUAAGAACUGUGUGAAAAUGGGUCUGGACAUGUGCGAGGCCAUCAAGAAAGUGAGAGAUGCCACAGGGGUUGACAUCAACAUGCGUGUUGGUGUGCAUUCAGGGAAUGUCCUGUGUGGUGUGAUUGGACUUCAGAAGUGGCAGUACGAUGUUUGGUCACAUGAUGUGACGUUGGCCAAUCACAUGGAGGCAGGAGGUGUUCCAGGACGAGUCCACAUCACUUCAGUUACACUGGAGCACCUAAAUGGUUCCUAUAAAGUGGAAGAUGGGGAUGGACAGGAAAGGGACCCCUACCUAAAGGAACAUGGAGUCAUCACUUAUUUAGUCAUAAACCCAAAGGUGGAGCACCGGAGCCCGCAGCAGCAUUACCGUCCCAGGCACACUCUGUAUGGAGCAAAGAUGAGGGCCUCAGUCAGGAUGACCCGCUACCUGGAGUCGUGGGGAGCAGCCAAGCCCUUUGCCAACCUGCACCACAGAGACAGCAUGACUAAUGAGAACGGGAAGAUCAACACUGCUGAUGUGCCGAUGGGGCAGUAUCACUUCCAGAGGAGAUCAGAAAGGACAAAGUCUCAGAAGAAAAGGUUUGAGGAAGAAUUCAACGAGAGGAUGAUUAAGACCUUCGAUGGGAUAAAUUCACAAAAAUUUAAAGCUUAUAAGCACUGCAGUAAAAGUGCCUCUACUUCUUGGAUGUGGCUGCUGAGGUCAUCAGUCAUUAUUGCCAACAAGCCAUGGCCCCGCAUCACUCUCACCAUGACAACCACGGUUCUAAUACUCAUAAUGGCAGUGUUCAACAUGUUCUUUUUGGAAGACAGUGUGUUGGCUCAAGUUCCUGUUUACAAUUCAUCCAAUGAAACACUGUUUUACCCAAACGGACAAUUGACAGACAAAAACAAUUUCUACCUUCCUUAUUUAAUUUACAGCUGCAUCCUGGGCCUCAUCUCCUGCUCAGUAUUCCUGAGGAUAAACUAUGAGCUGAAGAUGAUAAUUAUGCUGACGGCUGUGGUUGUUUACAACAUCAUUAUUCUGCAAACACACGCGGCCCUGCUGGAUGAGUAUAGCAGAUUUCUGUACAGGACUGAGAGUCUGGACAGACCAGGCGUUCUCAAAGACCUGAAGAAGAUGGGCUCUAUCUCCCUCUUUAUCUUCUUCAUCACUCUGCUCGUUCUUGCCAGACAGAAUGAAUAUUACUGUAGGUUAGACUUUCUGUGGAAGAACAAGUUCAAGAAAGAGUGCGAGGAGAUUGAAACCAUGGAGAACCUCAACCGGGUUUUACUGGAAAACGUGCUGCCGGCACAUGUGGCAGAGCACUUCCUGGCACGCAACUGGAAGAAUGAGGAUCUGUACCACCAGUCCUACGACCUGGUGUGUGUCAUGUUCGCCUCCAUCCCAGACUUUAAAGAGUUCUACACAGAGUCUGACGUCAACAAAGAAGGAUUAGAGUGCCUCCGGCUCCUCAAUGAAAUCAUUGCUGAUUUUGAUGAGCUGCUGUCGAAACCUAAAUUCAGCGGCGUGGAAAAGAUCAAGACCAUCGGCAGCACUUACAUGGCUGCCACUGGGCUCAAUGCAUCGCCUGGGCCUGAGUACACGUCACAGGAGCAUGACAGGCAGUACAUGCACAUUGGGACAAUGGUAGAGUUUGCAUUUGCGUUGGUUGGGAAACUGGACGUUAUCAACAGACACUCUUUCAACGACUUCAGACUUAGAGUCGGUAUUAACCACGGCCCAGUGAUCGCUGGAGUCAUUGGAGCCCAGAAACCUCAGUAUGAUAUUUGGGGGAACACAGUGAAUGUAGCCAGCAGAAUGGACAGCACAGGGGUCCUGGGGAAAAUACAGGUGACUGAAGAGACGAGUAGAAUCCUCCUGACCCUCGGCUACAUGUGCUCUUGUAGAGGCAUCAUCAACGUCAAGGGCAAAGGGGAGCUCAAGACCUACUUUGUGCACACAGAGAUGACCCGCUCACUGUCGCAGGGGAAUGUAACGGCAUGAGAUGGUUUCAGAAUAUGUGGAAUUUACACUGACGCAAAGCACAGACGUUCAGGAUCUUCUUCUCCAUGCUGCUUCGACAGAAACGUGCGUGAGGUGCAGGGGAAUCAAAUGGAGAAAAAAAAACUGAUUUUAACGUUGUUUUGCGAGUUAGCAAUGGCACAGCUGUAGUAUACAUUUGUCACUUAUGUAACUGUAAGUGUAGCACGUGCAGCAGGUCGGCAUCAACCCCUGGAUGUAUUGUGUCAUUUGAAUGUUGGAUCCAGGCGAGCACCAGUCGGGAGUCUGAAAUGGGCUUUUUCAGCCUGGUGCAUCAAAAACAAUCCAACUUCUGGUCAUUUUACAGGACGCGGUACAAAAUGAUGUAAAAGCUGAAGAAGAGAAACAAAGUGCACGGCAACAAUGUUCACAUUAGGGCCUCUCGAAGACGUCCGUGUUCCCCCAAAGUAACCAAAACUUUACCAGGAGAUACGUGGAAGAUCUCAUAUCAAAAUUACAGCAAAGGAGAAACAAUAGAAUGGAAAAGUGCACCACCGCCAUCAAUGAGACACUGUGUACAUAACUCCGACAACCUUGUCAGAAGCACGAAGUCUUGGAUGUAUUUUACAGGUGGUCGAGGACCCAAAAAAAAGAAUCUAUGAAUAUAUUGUGACUGAAAAGAGAAGUCGUCUUUGUGACAGAGGUCAGAAUCAUCAGCGGCUUCUGAAAACACAACAUCUGCUGUUUGUUGCUGUUCAGACGAUGCAUCAGAUCCGAGGGUUUAAGAUGCAGGGUGGAGUUAGGCGACACAGUAACGGGGAUGAAGAUGAUUUCACUGUCUUUCAUUUGGGAAACCUGAGCCGGAUCCGUGUACAGGGUAGCUCUAGAGUGUGCGGUGGUUUUUGUAAGAAAAGGAAAUAUUACAAAAAAAGUGUUUUGGUGUUUUGAUGAUGCCGUU